AGAUGUCUGAAUGGUUAAGAGAUUUGCCUCUGAAUGGUUAAGUAUUAUACAGAGUCUGAAUGGUUAAGACCUCUUAUCUGAAUUGAUCAGACAUUUGCCUCUAAAUAGUUAAGCAAUAUACUAACUCUUAAUGGUUCAGACCUCUUACUGGUUCAGCACUUAAUGGUUCAGACCUCUUACUGGUUCAGCACUUACCUAUUCAGAAGUUGUCAAACAGCCCCUAAGUGUGGUGGGUGCGAUUUGGUGGCGAUCCCAAUUGGAAUUAAUCUACUGGACACCUUCCAUUCCAACAGGACGACCUUUGCCGGCCAUACAGAAAGAUUGUUAAUGCAGAGCACCUACUCGAAUAACGUCCGUUAUUGACGAGGCGACAGAAAUGGCUUUCCCGGCCACGCCUUUAGCCGCUUCCACCUCCGUUCUCUGCUCCGCCAAGGCCGCCGCCCCUUUCACCACAGUGAAGAAGAAGAAGAACAAGAGCAAGGCUGUCCAGAAGCAGAAGGUGAUUCGCAAGGAUUCUGAGUUUUUACAGAAAGGCCUUCGAUGGGCCAACCAGGCUUUUAGACUUCCGAAUCUCUCGAAAUCCGUUAGCGAUUUGGUUUGGCUACGGACUAUCGAGAACCAGGAGCCUUCUUCAGCUGAGCUUCGAAGCCCUAAUCAGUGGCCUCAGCCUUGGUACCCAGAACUUUCUGGAUUGGAUUUGUUUGUGGCUGAUCUCAAAGCACUGAAGGCAUACUUCAACUAUUUCCACUGUCUCUCAAAGCUAUGGACCAGACCGCUUCCUGAAAACUAUGAUCCUCAGGAAGUUGCUGACUAUUUCAAUUUGAGGCCUCACAUUGUGGCUUUCCGUCUUCUCGAGGUAUUUGUUGCCUUUGCAUCUACCGCGAUCAUAUUUCAGAUCUAUGGGAUUCUUCCCACUGUAAAUAAGGAAGUUGAUAGGGAAACUUCACAGUUCAUAUUUGGAAGUGUAUUAAAGGAGACAUUGCUAAGAUUGGGCCCCACUUUUAUAAAAAUUGGUCAGUCUCUCUCCACAAGACCAGAUAUUAUUGGUACUGAAUUUUCAAAGGCAUUGUCCUCACUGCAUGAUCAAAUCCCUCCUUUUCCAAGGGAUACAGCUAUGAAAAUUAUUGAGGAAGAAUUAGGAUCUCCGAUAGAACAAUUAUUUAGCUACGUCUCUGAGGAGCCUGUUGCCGCAGCUUCAUUUGGUCAGGUCUAUCGAGGAAACACACUUGAUGGUCUUAAUGUUGCCGUGAAAGUACAACGCCCUGGUCUACACCAUGUGGUUGUUCGUGAUGUACACAUUUUACGCCUUGGGCUGGGUAUUUUGCAAAAGGUAGCAAGAAGGAAAAGUGAUCCUCGCAUUUAUGCUGAUGAACUUGGGAAAGCUUUAGUUGGAGAAUUAGAUUACACAUUGGAGGCUGCAAAUGCUUUAGAAUUCAUGGAGAAACAUGCUCGAUUUUCCUUCAUUUGUGUGCCAAAAGUUUUACCACAUCUUAGUAGAAAGAGAGUUUUAACCAUGGAAUGGAUGGUUGGUGAAAGUCCAACUAAUUUAAUAUCAAUAUCUUCAAAGGAACCUGUUGGUCAUCAUUCAGCAUGUUCGGAUCAACUGCAAAAGGAUGCCAAACGACGUUUGCUCGAUCUAGUUAACAAGGGGGUGGAGGCAUCAUUAGUUCAACUCAUUGAGACUGGCUCAUUGCAUGCUGAUCCACAUCCUGGAAAUCUGCGUUACACUCCUUCAGGACAAAUAGGGUUUCUUGAUUUCGGAUUGCUUUGUCGGAUGGAAAAGAAGCAUCAGUAUGCCAUGCUUGCAUCUAUAGUGCAUAUUGUAAAUGGUGAUUGGGCAUCUCUUGUGCAAGCGCUUUCUCAAAUGGAUGUCAUAAAGCCAGGGACUAAUAAGAGACUUGUUACAAUGGAACUGGAAGAUGCUUUAGGAGAAGUUGAGGUCAAGGAUGGAAUUCCUGAUGUAAAGUUUAGUCGGGUCCUUGCUAAAAUACUGUCUGUAGCAUUCAAAUUUCAUUUCCGCAUGCCCCCAUACUAUACCCUUCUCCUCCGAUCUCUUGCUUCACUGGAAGGAUUAGCAGUGGCUGCAGAUCCAAGGUUUAAAACAUUCGAAGCUGCAUAUCCCUUUGUUGUCCGGAAACUUCUCACCGAUAAUUCACCUGCCAUGAGGAAGAUCCUACACUCUGUGGUGCUGAAUAGGAGAAAGGAAUUCCAGUGGAAAAGACUCUCUCUUUUCUUAAGAGUGGGAGCAACUAGGAAAGGUUUGCAUUAUGUGAUGGGGACCAACUCUCAAGAAUUGACUGGUUACUCUGCAAAGGAAGUCAAUGGUAUAGUUGAUGCUGCAAAUAUGGUGUUAAGAUUACUACCCUCUAAAGAUGGUGCAGUGCUUAGAAGACUCCUGAUGACAGCAGACGGGUCUUCAUUACUUAGUGCCAUGGUUUCAAAGGAGGCAGAUGUAAUUCGGCAACAUUUCUGCAGGGUUCUUGCAGAUAUACUCUAUCAGUGGAUGUCUAAAGCUUUGGGAAACCCUAACAACACACAGCUUAGCUCCAAAGUUCGGUCUUAUAGCGAAACGGCUUUCCAUGAUUAUAAACUGAUCCUGAGAGAUCAACGGCUCAAAGUGAUUUUCUCCAAGGCAUUUGCUUCUGCAAGGAAAGAUCCAAUGCUAAUGCUGAGAGUCUUCUAUGCCAUUUGCGCCACAUUCGUCAAAGCUUCGGCGUUGGCUUUUCACCGGGUAUUGGUUUCUUUCUCUGAAACUUAUUUGUGCACUCUUUCUUUUGCUCCUAGAAUUGCUAUAGGUGCAAAUGCUUAGAUUCAACGUUUAUGUUCACUUUCGGCUUCAAGAAGUUACGGCCGAAACAAGAAGUGCCUGUGUAUAUGCAUAUAUCGCUUUCAUCUCUUCUGAACAUUAUCAACCCAUGUAUUUCUAACAAUAUAGCAACUAUAAUUACAGUGCAACGUGUUAGCAUGCUUUGUUUGAUUACACUUUUUUCCAAUUCCCACCAAUGCACAUUCAAACCACCUAUAUGAUUUAGUCAUUGUGUGCAUUGGUCUAUCCGGCAAUAGAUCUAGAAUGAAUUA